UUUAACAGUCAAGGUUUUGCACACGGUCGAACCAGUCGUGGAUCACAUACGAGCUAGACUGCACACGGCCUUGGUCGGUAACGUAAAUGUGAAUCACCCUCUGGAGACAUCUAUAUAACAGUAACGCGUAAGUCAUCUGACAUUAAGUCGAAGACAACAGUGUCAUUUACAACACAGGCAGUGAAAAUGAAAGGUGUCCUUCUGGCCUGCACAUUUGUUUCUUUGUUCAGUGGUAUUAUAUUGGAUGAAACUAGCCAUGGACAUUCUAAAUUCGACCCGUUUGAUAAAGUAUUAAGGAUUUUACGAGUACAAAACACUACUUCCCUUUCGCUGGCCGCCCUUGAUGAUUUGGUGCUACAAUUGUUUGGGAGAUUUAAAUGUCCAACACCAACUGUAGCCCCAACAGCUACUGGCCAGUGUAUCCACCCACUAUGUCUGAAUGGCCAGGACCUGUUCUCCGCCCUGGGGAUCGCUAAUGACAACGACCUUCUGGAGGAUGAUUUCGGUAGACUGUCCACAAUGCUACUGUUCCAUGUUCUCACCAUACAGGACCACUGCUACAAGGCAGUGCCUGUAGCUGGCAGUCCACUCGUCUACAAGCAAAUGCUCUUACAACUUCUCGACAAUGACGCAGACGACAUUAUUGAGUUCGACGAGCUGUCUGUUGCGUUAAACGAUUUACAGGACAUAUACGAGGACGAUGAUCACGACGACCACGAGGACGAUGAUCAUAGCGACACUGAAAUGGACGAUGAUCACCAUGACGACGAAACAGACGAUGAUCACCAUGACGACGAUACAGACGAUGAUCACCAUGACGACGAUACAGACGAUGAUCACCACGACGACGAUACAAACGACGACCACGAUGAUGAUCACGAUGACGACCACGAUGAUGACAACGACGAUGAUCACGACGAUGAUCACAAUGAUGACCUCCAUGAUGAUCACGACGACGAUCACGAUGAUGACGACGACGACGAGAUCAAAUCGACUGCCAUACAAACCCAGUGCCUUAGCGCUGGUCAGAUAUUUGAUGAGCUGGAUUCCGUCCUUGAGAAUGGAUUGGACUCGGAUGUUUUGGAUGACAUGUCUGCCUUGCUUGUAUACCACUUUCUGUCGAAGGACAGACUGAGUUCACAAGGAUGUAGGAUUUUACCAAGACCUACAUUCUUACAGUCCAAGGUUGCUCAAUUCGUCGGAGUGUCACCAGACGAUACCUUCAAACUCACGGAUUUGAGGAAACUUUACAACAGCCUCGAUCUGGGAUCAGGUUCUGGAAUGGCGACGAAUGCUGCCGUUGACGAUGGCCACGACCACAGACGCAGAAAGCGUGCGGCUGCUACUGGUACAGAUAUGCAAGCUUUCGAGUCCCCCCGGUGUUACAGUGCCGACGACCUACUGGCCAUGCAUGGUGUUUCCAACGGAAGUGCCAUCCCUAAACAGACUUUGUUUGACCUGUGUCCAUCUUUACUUUACCUGAAAGCUUAUGACGCAUGCGCCCCUCUACCUGCCAACAGAUCAGUGAUGUCCAGCUUAUCGGAAGCUGAAAUGUACGGCUACAGUACCCUGGCCGUUCUCAUCAUCUGCCUGGCAUCUCUUGGAGGGAUAUUCCUUCUCGGAUGUACAGAAAACACUUCCUUAUACAAUGGCGUCAUGGCGACCUUUAUCGGGCUGGCUGUUGGUACUCUACUGGGUGACGCACUCCUCCAUCUGCUCCCGGCGGCGUUUGGAAUACAUCUGGAUGACCCUAACGAGAACCAUGACCACGGAGAAGGCAUUUUUGUUGAGCCGUAUGUUUGGUAUGCCCUGGCGUCCGUAGCGGGUCUCUACUCGUUUUACUUGUUGGAGUUGAUUAUGUCACUGAUCAAAGGGGAUUCUAGUCACAACCAUGGUCAUUCAGAUAUGCAACCUGAUAUGGAGAUGGGAAAACAUAAGAUAAAGAACGGUUAUGAUUUUUCUUCAAAAUCCGCUCUGUACACAGUUGGUGAGAGUAACGGUACUCUGCAGAUGAACGACAUCAGGGAGAAGAAAGGCUGGUCAUCUGUUGUCAUCAUGGUUCUGGUUGGUGACUCGAUCCACAACUUCGCUGAUGGCCUUGCCAUUGGUGCAGCCUUCACGCAAUCCGGGUCGGUGGGCGUGGCCACCACUAUUGCUGUCUUCUGUCACGAACUGCCUCAUGAGCUAGGAGACUUUGCUAUCUUGCUGAAUGGGGGUGUGUCAAAGAAAAAAGCGCUAUGCCUGAACUUCCUGUCUGCACUCACAGCAUUCAUUGGUCUGUAUGUGGGCGUGUCUAUCGCCACAGAAAACGUUGUUAGACAGUGGAUCUUCGCCGUCACAGCCGGGCUCUUUCUUUACAUCUCCCUUGUAGACAUGAUUCCGGAAAUGAUAUCAGGGGCCGUCAAAGCCAAGAAGAAGCUGUUCUUUGUUGCCAUGACCAACUGUGGAUUCUUCAUCGGAGUUCUCAUUCUAGUGCUUCUCUCUAUCUUCGAACACAAGAUAAAUAUCACAUAAACAACCUUACUGUAUCGUGGUUUGUAAAACUUUUUGGAUUGAAAUAAGUAAAGAAGCUUCUUUUACGACUGUGAAUAUCGCGUUAACCUCACACGAGUAUAACACCGUUGGUUAAUGCUAACUAUAAGUGAAAGGGGCGAUAACUCUUGGUGACAACUGUUUUACUUUUUAAGAACUACCUUGUUUUCAACAAUGAACACUGUUGUUGCUUUUUUUUACCUGACCAAUAUCUUAACAAAACUAAGCUUUAUUAUUCUUUUUAUGUAUAUAUUAUAAAAUGGCUACUUAUUUGAAGGGUCAAUAUUUUACUCUUAAAGGUUUGUGAUUUUUUUGUUAAUGCACUGACUUAACGAUAUAUUACAAAAGACUUUGUGUGUUAAUCCGAGCCUUGUAUUGGUACGUACAUGAACACUCCGAGGCCUUACUCUUCGGCAUGUGUUAAAGUUAUUUAUGGUUUCAAAUUUUUGCUUUAUAAAAACGCAAAGUGGUAAAUGUCUGUCAUUAAAUAAGCUUACGAGAGUGUCAUACAGCUACACAUUGUAUUGGAGACAAAUCAUUUAUGCCGAUAAGAAAUCCAUUCAUAUGAGAAAGAAUGGGGGAAUGUGUAAAACGCGCCGGACCAACACAAGUUUUAACCAUAUUUAAAAUAAAACAUUCGUGUAUAAACUUUAUUAUUUUUUGGAAGUGUGCAAGCAUAGCGCAUUCAGCAAUGUAUUUGUGUUCUAGAAUAGUAAUGAGAGUCCAUUUAUUAUUGUUGGUAAGUGGGGUGUGAGCAAGCAGGGAGUGGUGAUUGUGGAACAAUGUAUUAUAUGUUCAUAUGUUAUUAGUUUAUAGGAUUACAUGGUGCAUAUACAUACUGUAGAAUCUGUCCAAUCUGGCCUUAGAUUUAAAUGUGGCCUUGUAUUGACACUGACACUAUAGACCACUUCACAUUAUUUUUUAAAUGGAACAUGCAUAACCGGAACUCAGUCUUUACUAAAUAGCGGUCCCGGCGGUGUUUGGUGACCACAGGUUCCAGUUUGUUUAUGUUCACCCAAGUGCUUCCAUCAUUGAAAUUGUUCACUUUCAGAUGUGUUAAUUGUAGAUGUACUUUUAUGAUAAAUACGUUAUAAAAUAAA